CUUUUCGCCCAGGCGCCGGUGGAGCAGUUCCCUGGCAUCGCUGUGGAGAACGUGACAGACUCCAGCAGAUAUUUUGUCAUCCGGAUCGAAGACGGGAACGGCCGCCGUGCUUUCAUUGGAGUCGGCUUCGUUGACCGAGGGGAUGCUUUUGACUUCAACGUGGCUCUCCAAGACCAUUUUAAGUGGGUGAGACAGCAGAGCGAGCUGGCCAAACAGGCUGAGAACCCUGAGCAAGGACCCAAACUGGAUCUGGGCUUCAAGGAGGGGCAAACCAUCACGCUCAACAUCGCGAACAUGAAGAAAAAGGAAGGAGCGGUGGGCAGCACCAGACCACGGCCUGUGAGUCUUGGGGGCCUGAGCUUGCUCCCACCACCUCCCGGAGGAAGAUCUUCCGCUCCGGUUUGUCCUGCGGGAGAGCGGCCGUCUUCGCUCUCCGCACCCACCCAGCUCCCAGGCACCCCCAUCACAGACUCCCUCUUGUCCUGGCCGCAGCCCGCUGCCGCUCCUGCCACCGCCACCGAGGUCUGGGGAGACUUUGCCAAAGCUUCGGGGUCAUCUCCUAACCAGACUCAGACUAACGCAGGCUGGGUUCAAUUCUGA